AUGUCUUCCAGCGUAUUCACCCACGCACUCUCUGGCAAUGCCUCCAAGCUUGCAGUCAAAGCACACGCCAGCCCUGUGCGAAUUUAUUGUCCAAUUACACUGCCUGUGUCCAACCGGCCUGUCGACUUACAACUUCGUGUAACCUCUCCUGCCUCAGGGACCAAUCUUCCAAUUAUCCUGCUGUCCCACGGCCAUGGCCAAACUGACUGGCUGUCUUCCAUGUACGGGUACAGCCCUCUCGCAGAAUAUUACGCUGCCCACGGGUUUGUCGUCUUUCAGCCGACGCACCUCAGCUCCCGAAUGCUGAGCUUGGAAAAGCCUCCACAGGGAGAUGAGAUGUACUGGCAAUCUCGUCCGGAUGACAUGUCUCAAAUCCUUAACCAUCUCGAGUCCAUCGAAGCCGUCGUUCCAGAGCUAAAGGGCCGUCUCGACACGGAUAAAGUCGCUGUUGUUGGCCACUCCUUUGGUGGGCUUACCGCUUCAAUGCUUCUCGGCGCAACUAACACGGAUCCUCGAAAUGGUUCCAAGCACGACGCCUUUGACAAACGCAUCAAGGCUGGUGUUGUUAUCGGAGGCCCUGGAAAGGGUGGAGAGGACCUGUCAGAAGGCGCAAAGGGAUUAUUGCCGUUUUACGCACCGGAUUUUAGCUCUAUGCGUACAAAGACGCUGGUGGUUGCUGGGGACGAAGAUUUGAGCCCUUAUUUGACAGUUCGUGAUGAGACAUGGCAUGCUGAUCCUUAUACACUGAGUCCGGGACCAAAAGACUUGUUCAUGGUCAAAGGAGCCAAGCACACGUUUGGGGGCAUAAGCGGUUGGGAUUCGAAUGAGAUUCAGGAAGAAAAGGCCAAGUGUGCUGAAAUGCUGGGAGUGUUGCAAAAGAGUACUCUGGCUUGGCUGAGGAGUGCAUUAUACGGGGAUGGGUCUUGGGAAGAUAUCCGUGGGGUCAUAGAGGAACUGGGUUGUGGAAUCGUUCAGUCAAAGGAGUAA